AUGAAUGAAUUAAAGGCACCAUCACUGAAUUCUCUAUUGGGUUCGGAUCGAGGUUCUACAGACAGUCUACUGGCCGAAUCAUUGAUUGAUGUUGAAGAGUUGGACGAUGUGGAAUACUCUAUACCACCAUCGGGUGCUUUGCCCUCAUUGGAAAAGGUCCUAAGUGAAUUCGAAGAAGAUUCGGAUAUUGCUUCCGAAUUGGGUAUACCAACACCUUCAAUUGCAGAGGAGGGUAGUGUACGUAUGGGAGGUAUAGCGGGCGGUGGAGGCGGAGGUGGUGGCAGUAUUAUGCGCUACGCCAUGCUUCAAGGUGUCUCUACCCAGCUAUCAUCGGCUAGUGAUCGCAUAGGUGCCGGUAUGGCAUCAUCCUGUGCUGUAUGCAAUCAUUAUUAUGCAGUCGGCACAUCACAUGGCCACAUACUCAAUUUCGAUGCAACACAAACAUUACGUUGGGCCCAUCAGGAUAAAAACGGCCAAGGCGCCGUUUCAUCGUUAUCCUUCAAUCCGGAGUGUAAUCGUUUACUGGCUGGCUUUGCCCGUGGCUUGGUUUUAAUGUUGGACACACAAAGUGGCGAUAUUAUGCGUCAAUUAUUCGAUGUUGUCACACCCAAUACUGGGAUUCUACAUGUCAAAUGGACGUCACGGCCGGCAAUGGCUUUGGCCGCCGAUUCUGGUGGAUCUGUGUGGUCUUUAAGUUUUACACGAAAAUUGGGUGUACGUGGUUGUUCAACACGCUGCCUAUUUAGUGGAGCCCGCGGCGAAGUAUGUGCGGUGGAGCCGUUACUCAGUCAAUCCGGUGAACAUCAUGAUCUUGAUCAAUAUUGCAUUGUGGCUUUGGCCACCCUCUCGAAAUAUUUCAUUGUCACCAUAAGGCCAAGAUUGAAAGUUAUCAAAUAUCAUUUAUUGCAAGGACCACCAGAUUGUCUGCCCGUCUUGGCAUGGCAAAUGGUUCUAAUACAAGCUGCAGAUACUACCAGAUCCAUUGAUCCGGUUUUGGUAGUGGGUCGUGGCAAUCAAUUGUUCUUCCAUCAACUGUUUAUAUCGCACGGACGUAUAACCCUACUGCUCUUGCGGCACAUUACAAUGCAAACAAAUAUUUUAUCGGCCCAUUGGCUGGGUCCCAAAUGUGUUGGGUGUAUAGAUACCUCGGAAAUACUACAUCUCCUAGAUGUACGAUCGAGUAAAGAAUUGGAGUGCAUUGAUUUGGGUAAUGCCAGUAUGGUUUAUGGUUCGGCUCAAUUUAAGGGUUUGGCAACGGGUGGCAAUGUGUCGCCGGCCUUGGCUUUGGCGGGCACACACGCCUGCUACAAUUCCUUGGCUGCACGUGGUGUGCAACUAUAUGUUUUGGGUUCGAGAUCGAUGCAUUUAAUUGGUGUACGAACAUGGAUGGAGAGGAUUACAUAUUUGGUAAAAAAUCACCGCUGGCAAGAAGCAUGCGACUUAGCUUUGGAUGGCUAUCGAGCUGCUGGUGAUCGCCCAAAACGAAAACUUCAAGCCAAGGAACGUAUUAUAAUGCUGUUCAAAGAAUAUAUAGCAGCAUCUGCCCGAGCACCCGAUUAUUGCCUGGGAGCCAUUAUAAAGUGUCUCAUUGUAGUCGAUGAGCUAGACUUGUUAUGGACCCAGUUAUGGGAACGUUUGCAAAAUAAAGAACUAUUUCUUCACCAUAUUACCCAGCACAUUGAAAAUGAUGAUAUACGUCAAGUAAAUCCAAUUAUUUCACAAGCCCUCGUAGACUAUUGGUUAAAAAUAUCACCUGCCAAACUGGAAGAUGUCAUACUCAAAAUGGAUUGGACAUGUCUGGAUUUAAAUCAAGUUCUAAAAGCAGCACGAAAAUAUAAAUUAUAUAAAGCACAAAUCUACUUAAAUGCAAAUGCAUUGCAUGACUAUACAAUGUCUCUGACCGAAUUGAUACCAUUGAUUGGUAGCGAACCACCAGAUUUGGGUAAUUGUCUGCUAGUGUAUAUAUCAAGUUGUUUGGCCGGGCGUGGUUAUCCUCAAGGUGAUAUUCCAGAAGAGUUGAUACAAAAUGUUAAACAUGAUGUUCUACGUUGCCUGACUUCUUUACAUUCCACAACAAGUGAACCCAAUGAAAUGCCAUAUCCUUAUUUAAGGGCAUUGCUGAAGUUCGAUACCCGUGAAACAUUGAAUGUUAUAUCGUUGGCCUUUCAGGAGAAAGAAUUCAGUAAUGAAUUGGGUUAUUCACAUCGUAAACGUAUUAUAAAUAUUUUAUUGGAAAUUAUGACGCCAGAAAAUAAUACGUGGUCCGAAAUUGGUUGCCUAUUGAAUUUUAUUGCCCAACAAAUAUCGGAAUCCUGCCUACCCUGCGAUACCCAGCUAUUGGAAAAAGUAUUAAAUUACCUUUCAAUGGAAACGAUCGAAAAUGAAAGUUCCCGCUUACAUUCGGAACGUGAAAAUGCCUGGUAUGAAUUGCUUGUAAAUAAUUGCCUUGAUGCCAUUAGCAAUGAUGAGGAGCAAUUGGCAUUAGCCAAGAAAGCCCAUUGUUAUUAUGUCCAAGAAUAUCUUUUGGAAAAAUUGCAGCGUUAUGAUGAAAUUUUAAGCUGUUAUAUUAGCAAUCCGCUGCGACAUGAAACUAUGUUUGUGUACAUGGAACGUUAUGCCCGCGAAACAAAUCGUAAAAUCUAUCAACAGCUGAAACAGCAUUUGAAGCAAUUGCUAGAAAUCGAUGGCAAGGAAACGACGCGGAUUGUGGAUUUAUAUUAUCGUGAUAUGGUUGAUGAAUUGCUGCAACUGCUGGAGGACGAUGAGCGUUUUUUGUUUAUAUUCCUCAAACAGUUGCAACAAAGAAACGAUGAUCUGACGUCUGAGCAGAGUGAAAAGUUAAUCAAAUUCCUGUGUAAAUAUGAACCAAUGGAGGUGGAGGAAUUUUUAAAAGCCUGCAAUUGUUACCGAAUCGAUGCCGCCUUGGAUUUGGUUUUGAAUUAUAAAUUGUUACCAGCCGCCGUAUUUUUGGCGGAGAAACAAAACGACUAUAAAUUGGCAUUUCAUUUGGCAAUGGAAAUUUUAAAAUCAGCCGGGGUGGAAGAAAUGGAGGAGUGUGCAAAAUCUGUAUCGGCAUUAUGCAGUCGUUCCUCUUCGUCGACCAAAUCACAAUUAAACGAAAAAGAACGUGAGUCAUUGUGGUUUGAGUUGCUAAAAUACAUUUUGCCUCUGGAGAAUUUGAAGAAUAUUACCAAACCCAUGUUGCAUGAGGCCUCCCAGCAUGUUGACCUAACAAAUCUGGUGCAAUUGGUAAUGAACACCCACAAUGUAUCGGGUAAUUUUGGUGAUAUCAAAGAACUUCUGUUGAGCAUGUUGAAUCAAUCAAAAGCCGAAACCAAUGCCAUGGAAAUUGCAAUGCGUAUUUUAGAAAAAGAAGUGGCUGAGAAAUUCCACAAUCGAAAAAAGCUGGCCUCACGAGGUUUACUUAUAACCAUGAUGCAAUGUGUGGCGUGUAAGCAACGUUUAUAUAAUCAAGCUGCCAUAGUUAUUUUAGGUUCCUGUGGUCAUGCCAUGCAUGCCCAAUGUUCGAAUGAAUUCCAGAAGCAACAUUAUAUGAAAUGUGAAAAUGCUGCUGGUGGUGACUAUGAUGAUGACAGUCCCUCCACAUCGUCAAGCAGUCGAAAUAUUAGCCAACAGCUGUCACACAAUCUUAUGGAAGAUGCUGUGAUAAUGCAAUGUCCACAUUGUUUGGGCGGUAUUGAAGAAGCAAAAAUUGCAAUGCCACUACAAUUAGCCAAACCUAGUCACAAUGUUAUUCACUUUCAUACGAAAUUGUCGAAUGGAAAAUAUCAGAAUGGAAUGGCGUCGUUGUCGUCAGCGGUGACACCUUGUAAAGAGUUGGGGGUAUUGCAUUUAAAAUCACCACCUAGGAAAUUUUAA